AUGGCCGAGGGAAAUAAGCAUUUCCACGAGUUCGGCUACCCAGACGAACGAUUUGAAUCUGUUUUAAGCGACAACCUACACUGUGCCAUUUGUUCGUGCGUGUUAAAGGAUCCAGUUAUGUGCAAAAACGAGCAUUGUUUUUGUCGAGGUUGUAUCACCAAGCAUCUUCAAAAUUACCACACUUGCCCUUCUUGUAAACAAGAUCUAACGGUGGAAUCGCUAGCAGACGCACCGCGUAUUGUGAGAAAUUUAUUAUCGGAACAAAGAAUUCGGUGUGAUCAUCACGAGCGUGGGUGUGAGGAGAUCAUUCAGCUUGGAAACUUGGCAAGUCAUGUCGCUGUGUGUGGUAGAGCUCCAGUUGUGUGCGCGAAUGAAGAAUGUUCAAGCGAGAUCAACAGAGAGGAUCAAUUUCGACACGAGAGCGAGGAAUGUCGAUUUCGUAAAGUGAAAUGUCGAAAUUGUAAAGAGAUGGGCUCCAUGGUGCAAGAAAUCGAAACGAGUGUGGGUGGCCUGUUCGAACAUGUUGAGAAAUUGAAUACCAGUGUUAGCGAACAGUUGACUGAAAUGAAAACCGGUUUGACUGCAGUGGAAAACAAGCUUGAGGAGAUGGAAAACAAGUUUGAGAAUAGAUUUGAGGAAAUGCAAAACAGGUUCGAGAAAAUGGAAAACCAGUUCUUGAACACCGAAAAUCCUAGAUUCAGGGAUGGGCAGCAUGAAGAAGUGCAUGAUGAGAGGGAAAGUGCUCGCAGUGAUCAAGCCACUCCAGUGGAUCCAAGCAGUGAUACGAAAGAUGCAAAAAAUCCUCAUAAAUAUGCAUAUGUUGUCGCUGGAGUGUAUGGAAAGGAAUGGAAGCCACUAAAUUCUGCAGAGAUUUUUGAUAAAACCACUAAUUCUUGGAUAGAGCUGAAACCAAUGAACAAAGCUCGUGCCGAUGCAAGUUCAGUUGUUUACAAUGGUCAAGUCCUGGUCACAGGGGGUACUUCUGAUGGUAAUAACAUUGUGAGUAACAUAGAGCAGUUCAGUCGCAAUGCCAAUCCGCUUGUCCCACCUUGUUGGUCCAAUUUCUCAGUUAAUUUGCCAAAAGCAUUGAGAGGGCAUCGCAGUGUACUGUAUAAUGAUCGAAUGCUUGUUAUUGGCGGUUUUGAUGAAGAGAAAAAAAAUUCUGAUAUAAUUUACGAAAUCCAACCACAUUUUCCUUUUAAUACAAAGGUUUUGGCUAAAUUGCCUUCCCCAAUACCCAUGGAAGGCUGUGGUGUUGUUCUGAGGAACGACAAAAUUUUGAUAUUUGGUGGUAGUGAAGGUUUGUUUAACGCGACUGCCAAAGUCACCAUGUACGACAUAACCAAGAAUGAGUUCAAGGAACUUGCACCAUUGCCUGACGAGGUGUGGAACAUGGCAACUGUCAAGUUGGAAGAAAAUGUCAUUCUUGUUGGAGGGUCAAAUGUAUCUGUCCUUGGAAAUGUAAAAAAGACAGUCAUCAGUUAUAACAUCGAGACACAGAAAAGCACUAAGCUGCCACCAAUGAAGCACAACCGUUCUACAUGUUGUGCAGUUGUGGAUGGAAACUCGUUGGUAGUUAUGGGAGGAUACGGCCAGGAUGGAGCUCCUCUAAACUCAGUGGAAGCAUUUGACUUCAAAACUUCUAAAUGGAGUGAUCUUCCUUCAAUGAAAGAAGCAAGGAGAGGAUUCAUUGCAGAGAUUGUGUAA